UCUUCGCCUUUCCGACUUGGCGCUGCCGGUCCAGGCUCGGGGUUCUACCGUCCGCCUCGUGUGCCGCACUCGUCCCAACUUUGUCGGCGUCCGCGGAACACUCGACCGGCGGGAGCUUCCGGUUCGCCCUCACGGUUCCUCCCGUGUCAAAAGUGGACUUUAAUUUUGCGUCGAGGCGAGCGCCGCUCAAACUUGAGUCUCGUUCACUGGAGUUGGACAAAGAAAGAUGGCAGACAACGAGGAGCAGCAAGUGUCGUCCAGCGGCGACGACGUCCACCACUACCGGCCCGAGCCCGAGCCGGAGCCCGAACCCGAGCCCUACACCGCCCUGCCCAAGCAGGACCUCUUCAGCCUGGACGACAUCGUGGACUUAGUCGGCGGAGCCCAGGACGCCCUGGAGCGGCACAUGGCUGAAGAUGAGGAGCCACACCAAUUCACGGAACCCCCCGAGGGGCGGCAGCCGGUACCGCUGCCCCAAGUGAGGGAGGGGGGAGGGGAAGAAGAGGAGGGGGAGGAGGAGGAGGAGGAGGAGGAGCAGCAGCAGGAGCAGCAGCUCAUCCCAGACUCCACCGGCACCGCCAACGUCCCCCGCACCCCUUCGCCCCCCGCGGAGCCACAGGUUUGCCCGGAGAGCGACGCCCUCCUCCCGCAGCCACCGGCCGACACGCAGCGAGCAGCGGCUCCGGCAUCUUAUGUUCCUUCUUCUCCUUCUAAAGCUCAGCCUCAGCCUCUGAUGCAAUUCCCUACAGAACUUGGGCAGAAGGGAGAUUCCCCUGCUCCGAUCUCCCCUCUCUCCCCUCUCCACUCCCCUGAUUCCCUGGAAGAGCUCUCUUUGACGGAGAGCCCCAACCAGCCCUAUCCCCCAGGAUCUGCUGUACCCCAGGGUUCCUUUUCCACUCAGGCCCCAGCUGUCCGGUCCAAGGAAAUGCCCUGGGAGGAUGACGAAGACAACUCUGGACCUGGUUAUAGUCGAAAUAAGGGUGAACUAGAUCAGUUAAUUGGCCCUUACCUGAGUUUAGGUAAAGACCCAGGGCCUCACAUUCUAUAUGAAGACAGCGGAGUGUCCUUCUCACCUGAGGAGAAGCAAACUAGCUCAGACCCCUCCCCCGUGACCCCCCAGAUGGUUGCAGAGUCUCACAUUGCCUCCUCUAACCCAACAGAGCACUGGGAUUCACCGUGCCUAGACAACGCCAAGAUCUCAAUGGAUUUCUUUUCCAAGGACGCAGCCGCCAUUGGCUCUCCCGGGUAUGAGCCAGAGCUGCACAGCAACCCUUCGGAUGAAGAUGACGACUUGAUGUACGAGGUGAAGAAGAAGAAUAACCCAUUUGAUGGCUUUUCCCCGUUGGCGGACAGUGGUUCCUACAACUUUGGGGAGACCAAGUCUGACCACAGGGCCACUAAAGUGUCAGAAAGUCCCACUCCAGAUCUUGUCCAGUCCAGACAAUCUGAAGAACUCCAGGAUAGCCCGCCGUCAUUCUUAGACAAGGAGAAAACAUUUGAGACGGGUAUGAAGGCCAUUGAUUCCCUCAUGCAGCCAGUCAGUCAGUUCUCAUCUGGUCUUGCAGAGGAAGAUGAUGAUGAGGAGGAGGAGGAGGAUACUGCUCUGCCGCCAUCGCUUCCAGACAUCCUGAAGUCUUCCCCACUCAACACUGACAAACUUGACUCUGGCUCCUCUGAGGGAAGUCCAGAGGAGCAGAGCCCCAUUCUUGAACGUAGGAUGAUGGAGUCACCCAACCCCCCAAUAAACCUGUCAGCCAACAACCCCUUUGCUCUGGAUGCUAAAGUGUCUCUGCUUAAGGAGAUGGCUGAUGAGAUAGAAGUGAGAGUGUCUGACAAACCAAAAGACGAAGAAGUGCAAAGCAUUGGUGCGUUUGCUCUGGUCAAAGAGGCUGAGGAAACCAGACCAGCACAGGUGAAAGUAGAGGAACCUGUCAAGAUCGAGCAGAAAGAUUGGUUCUCAAGUCACGUUUUUCCCAAGAUGACAGAAAAGUUUGAGCCUCUAGACUUUGAAAGCAGGAAAGCCGCCGCUGAGGAUUCAGAUUCAGAGUCGCCAACCGCAGACUCUCUGUCUCCAGUCCUGGAAGCCAUGGCCAAGAACCCUGGCAGCUUCCAGGUGGAGAAGAGCAACACCAAGGUAGAGCUGGAGGAGCCCGAGGUGGCCGAAGAAGUCUCUGAGCAAGAGGUGUCAUCUGAAGAAUUUGAGUUCAUUGAGAGACCACCUAAGGGAGUAAUCGAUGAGUUUCUUGAGGCUCUCGAUACUUCCAAGUUUGCACCCUCCAAGGCUUCAGACAUCCCCAUGGAUGAGGAUGUGAGCUUUGAGCAGAAAGGGGCAGCUUCAGUUUCUGCGUCUGCUCCAGUACCCGCUGAGAUAGCCGGAGAAGCUCCGAGUCAGAGCUCGUACCGCCUGCUAACUCAGAAGAGCAAGGCAGAGCUGGAAAAACUCUCCUUUCAGGAGGCACAACCCCAUAUGCCGACCGUCCAUUCCGUUGUCCGUAAGCCUGAAGAAGCGGUGGAACGGAAGAGCGCAGAGGGCAGCAAACUGUUGAAGAUGCCAAGCGUGAACAUUUCAGCAGUGGCGGAUCUGGUGUACUGGCGCGACCUGAAGACCACCGGCGUGGUGUUCGGGGCGGCGCUGCUGCUGCUGCUGUCGCUGACGGUGUGCAGCAUCGUCAGCGUGUGCUCCUACGUCGGCCUGGCGCUGCUCUCCGUCACCGUCUGCUUCCGCAUCUACAAAGGCAUCCUGCAGGCCAUCCAGAAGUCCGACGAGGGACACCCCUUCAAGCAGUACCUGGAACGUGAGGUGGCGCUGUCCGAGGACACGGCGCACAAGUACGGCGACGUCCUCCUGGAGAAAAUCAACAAGACCGUCAGCGAGCUGAGGCGUCUCUUCCUGGUCGAGGACCUGGUGGACUCCAUCAAGUUCGCCUUGCUGAUGUGGAUCCUGACCUACGUGGGCGCGCUCUUCAACGGACUCACGCUGGCCAUUCUGGCCGUCAUCGGAGCCUUCAGCUGUCCAAUCAUCUACGAGAAACACCAGGCUCAGAUCGAUCAUUACCUGGCGCUCGUCAACAACCAAAUCAAAGACGUCAUUGGAAAGAUCCAGGCCAAAGUUCCUGGGAUGAAACGCAAAACCGAGUGACGAGAAGAUGAAGUGGGAAAGUGCGGAGAAGAGGCUGGCUGGACGGACAGGAAGGGGGGUUUAUUGUCUAUGUAGUGGGGGAACGUGAAGGAAUGAGGGAGGAGGCGUGGUCCUUCUAAGUUUAUUUGUCAAAUAAUAAAAACACUUUUUUUCCACUUGUGAACCUUUUGGUUUUCUGGCAGAAGACAAAGAAGGUCGGCUUGAUGUGUGAACCGCCCCCGCCCGCCACCUCUGCUUCCCCCGGCCGGGGAAGGCCACACGCUCCCUCGGUUGUUUUGUGACUUCCGAUUGAGACCUUUUGUUGUUGUUGUUGUUGUUGUUUUGUAAGAGAGUUUGCUUGCGAGCACUUUAGUUAGACAGGCCAGAUUUAAUUUUUGAUCUCCCCCCUCCAGCCGGCUUCUGUCUCUUCGUGGAGGAUGUUUGUUUUCUGCCCGAAGGUGGGCGGGGCUUUUGAGCAUUUGCCGACGUCUUCAUCUUCAUCAUCUUCAUGGCUUGUGAGUAACACGCUAGGCUCAUCUUUCUAGAAAAACGUUCGGCUGUCGUCGUCUUGGUGUCAUGGCCGCGAUGUAGUGAUGGAAGAAACACGUUUACCGUACAUUAAUCUGCCACGUCAACAACAUCCAAUGAUUUCAAUACAACAAGAGAAACAACAAGCAAGGCGUAAAAAGCAUAUUAUGUGUGGAGCUCAACUCUUUAUAAACUUCCAGCAUCUGUUUGAAUCGUGUGAUCGACUUGUUCAUACUUAAAAAUUGUGACCAGAAAAAGUUUGUGGAAUGCGUUGUAAGAUGUAAACAUUAUCUACCAAUAAAGCUUCUAGAACAAGAGAAAAACAA